GAGCAGUACCGGAUGAUCCAAGGCAAUCGGAUCAAAUUGCAAUUUAAAGAUGCAUCUGCAUCGUAGCGAAGCACAUCGGAUCGCGCUAAUUCUCAUAAUCACGUGUGGGAUCUCGUGGGCUAGCACGCAGUGCAAGACGAUCGUGAUGGAUGUACACAUGAAAAAAUGCAGGCUCGGUGCUAGAGGCAAGAGGGGUUUGGAGAAAUUCGAUCUCCUAAAGUACGACGAAAAAUACGAAUCAAAGAGACAAGAGCAUUCUGGCUACUAUCCCAGGGUAAAUGAUUCAGCGUCUCACGGCGUUCCGCAGAAAAGGCAGCUGUCAUCAGAACUAGUUGCCGGCGAUAUCGCCCCGCCAAUUGUGACGGCGGCUAUAAAUGGCGCUGCCAAAGCCAGAGCGCAUAUCGUAUCCGGGACAGGAUAUUACGAUCCCGGUCCAAGCCUGUUAAGACCUACUUUCGAUCGGUCAGGAUAUUAUUCCCCAGCGCCUUAUCCGCUCGGCAGGAAGAGUGUUACACCCUUCCGCGCCCCGGUCUUUAACGACGAUCUCGAUCUCAAUGACGAAGAAUUGGACGAAUUGUUUAAUGAUAUGUACGAAAGAUCACCGAGAGCUUCGAAAGAAGAGGCUUGGAAAGUUUUCUUAGAAACAGCAUCAAAAUGCUGCCAAAAUGUCGACAAGUGCCUUAAAGAAAUGCACAUACCUUGUUUGGCAAGUCAAAUGUCUUAAGAUUAAGAAUUGAUAACUUUCGAAAUUAGCGCUUCCUUAAAAUAGCAUAUACAUAUAAAUAAAAUUUUAUAAAAUUCAAUAUAUAUAUAUCAAAUUUAUUAUUUUAUAUUUGUCACAAUUACUAAAUUAGUUCUUCUUACUUCAAAAUCAGGUAUUCCACAAAAUAUAAAAACAAAUCGGUUAACUCGUAUAAAUGUUUAUUGGUCGCUAUUAUUAAUGCAGAUAUCAUUUGAAAUCUUCGGAUGGCGGAUAAGAUUCACGCGCUACUAUGCUAUGUGUACAAUGUAAUAAAAUUCCUAUCUACAACUAGUUCUGAA